AGGCGUCCCCGCGGCGACGCGGCGGCAGCGCCCCCUGCCGCCACGGCGGAGGCCAUGCUGCGGCGCGGCCGGCGGCCAGGCAGGUGCGAGGACUGCCUGGUUCCAGAGGCUAGCGAUGGAGACGCUUCCUCUACCUCCGCCGGAGGGUCGGAGGACACCGAGGCCUGCGCGAUCUGCUUCGAGGUGCAGCCGACCGUGCCCCUGCCUUGCUCCUGCCGCGUGUCCUACUGCGCGCGGUGCUGGGACCGGUCGCUGGCCAACAGCGUGCUGCAGUGCGGCGUCGCGCAGUGCCCGACCUGCCGCUGCAGCUUCCGCGUGGACUUCGACGAGGACCGCGGGCUGGUGCUGCACCCGGCCACGGAGGGCACCUCCAAGCACGAGUGGCGCGCGCAGCUCUACAACAAGGCGCGCCCCGCGCAGAUCGGCCUGCUGAAGAGCUAUGGGGCCGCCCCGGCGGCCAAGGAGGUUCAGCCGCAGUGCGUCUGCGGGGCCCCCCUGGAGCGAAUCGCGGACCGCGACCGCAUCGUCCGCAUGCUGGAGGACACGGACGCCGAGUGGAGGUCCAAGAUCUCCGGGGACUCCGAGGAGCUGGUCCGCCGGCUGCUGUCGAGGACCCUCGUCACCUGCGAUCUGUGCGAGGACUGGGCCGGGAUCUUCAGAAUGCUGGCCGCUGGAGAGAUUCACACGGUGCUGCUCAGGAGCGACGGCACCGCCGUGGCCCGCGGCGGCAAUCAUUCUGGUCAGUGCGACCUCCCGGCGCUGCCCGCGGGCCUGACCUACAGUCAGGUCGCCGCUGGAUGGCCCCACACGGUGCUGCUCAGGAGCGACGGCACCGCCGUGGCCCGCGGCAGCAAUGAUUUAGGUCAGUGCGACCUCCCGGCGCUGCCCGCGGGCCUGACCUACACGCAGGUCGCCGCUGGAGAUCGCCACACGGUGCUGCUCAGGAGCGACGGCACCGCCGUGGCCCGCGGCUGGAAUGCUUUUGGUCAGUGCGACCUCCCGGCGCUGCCCGCGGGCCUGACAGAGAGCGACGGCACCGCCGUGGCCCGCGGCGACAAUGAUCAUGGUCAGUGCGACCUCCCGGCGCUGCCCGCGGGCCUGACCUACACGCAGGUCGCCGCUGGAUGGAGCCACACGGUGCUGCUCAGGAGCGACGGCACCGCCGUGGCCUGCGGCUGGAAUGCUUUUGGUCAGAGCGACCUCCCGGCGCUGUCCGCGGGCCUGACCUACACGCAGGUCGCCCCUCGAGGGCGCCACACGGUGCUGCUCAGGAGCGACGGCACCGCCGUGGCCCGCGGCGACAAUGAUCAUGGUCAGUGCGACCUCCCGGCGCUGCCCGCGGGCCUGACCUACACGCAGGUGUCGCUCGAUGGCCGGUCCAUGGUUUUCGUCACCAUCGUGCGGGGGUGUUUUUUGAGGAUGCAGGAUCAGGGCGGCGCCCACCGGUGGCCUCGCAGGGACAUCCACCCAGCUCGUGCCGUGCACCGCGCGGGCAGGCUGGGCCCCGGAGCCUGGCGCGUCGAGGCGAUCCUGCCGGGGGGCCGCCCGCUCAGCGCCGCGGCCGAGGAGACGGUCGCCGGACCGGUUCCGCAGAACCGGUUCCACGGAACCGGUUCCACAGGACCGGUUCCGCAGGACCGGUACCACAGAACCGGUUCCAUAAGCCCGGUUCCACAGGACUGCAGGUUCCACAGGACCGGUUCCACAGGACUGCUCGAGGCGCUUGGCAGGAUUGCUCGAGGCGCGGGCCUGGAUAUCGGCGACGGAGGACAAGGUACCCAGCUGGUCUCGAUUGCGUUUGCUGAGAUUGCUGGCUCUGGAGAUGCCACACGGGCUGCUCAGGGAGCGGGAGUGCACGCGUGGCCCGCGGGAACUUCAAGCUUGUGUCAGCCCGCACCUCACGGCGCUGGCCCGCGGGCUGGCCCCGACCACUACGCGCUGGAGAGUUACACGGUGCUGCUCAGGAGCGACGGCACCGCCGUGGCCCGCGGCUGGAAUGCUUUUGGUCAGAGCGACCUCCCGGCGCUGCCCGCGGGCCUGACCUACAGUCAGGUCGCCGCUGGAGGGAGCCACACGGUGCUGCUCAGGAGCGACGGCACCGCCGUGGCCCGCGGCAGCAAUGCUGAUGGUCGGUGCGACCUCCCGGCGCUGCCCGCGGGCCUGACCUACAGUCAGGUCGCCGCUGGAGGGCGCCACGCGGUGCUGCUCAGGAGCGACGGCACCGCCGUGGCCUGCGGCUGGAAUGAUGAUGGUCAGUGCGACCUCCCGGCGCUGCCCGCGGGCCUGACCUACACAGCUCAUUUGCUUCCAGCGCUGCUCCUGCAGGUGUCGCUCGAUGGCGGCUCCAUGGUUUUCGUCACCAUCGGCGGGGUGGAGCGAUGCAGGAUCAGGGCGGCGCCCACCGCCCGCCUCGCAGACAUCCACCUCCAGCUCGUGGCCGAGCACCGCGCGGGCAGGCUGGGCCCCGGAGCCUGGCGCGUCGAGGCGAUCCUGCCGGGGGGCCGCCCGCUCAGCGCCGCGGCCGAGGAGACGGUCGCCGGACCGGUACCACAGAACCGGUUCCAUAAGCCCGGUUCCACAGGACUGCAGGUUCCACAGGACCGGUUCCACAGGAACGGUUCCACAGAGAUGCUGGCCGCUGGAGAUGGCCACACGGUGCUGCUCAGGAGCGACGGCACCGCCGUGGCCCGCGGCGACAAUCAUGCUGGUCAGUGCGACCUCCCGGCGCUGCCCGCGGGCCUGACCUACAGUCAGGUCGCCGCUGGAGGGUGCCACACGGUGCUGCUCAGGAGCGACGGCACCGCCGUGGCCCGCGGCAGCAAUGCUGAUGGUCGGUGCGACCUCCCGGCGCUGCCCGCGGGCCUGACCUACAGUCAGGUCGCCGCUGGAUGGCCCCACACGGUGCUGCUCAGGAGCGACGGCACCGCCGUGGCCCGCGGCAGCAAUGAUUUUGGUCAGUGCGACCUCCCGGCGCUGCCCGCGGGCCUGACCUACACGCAGGUCGCCGCUGGAGGGCGCCACACGGUGCUGCUCAGGAGCGACGGCACCGCCGUGGCCUGCGGCUGGAAUGCUGAUGGUCAGAGCGACCUCCCGGCGCUGCCCGCGGGCCUGACCUACACGCAGGUCGCCGCUGGAUGGCGCCACACGGUGCUGCUCAGGAGCGACGGCACCGCCGUGGCCUGCGGCGACAAUCGUGCUGGUCAGUGCGACCUCCCAGCGCUGCCUGCGUGCCUGACCUACACGCAGGUCGCCGCUGCACAUGGCCACACGGUGCUGCUCAGAAGCGACGGCACCGUCGUGGCCUGCGGCUGGAACCAGUAUGGUCAGUGCGACCUCCCGGCGCUGCCCGCGGGCCUGACCUACACGCAGGUUGCCGCUGGAGGGAUCCACACGGUGCUGCUCAGGAGCGACGGCACCGCCGUGGCCUGCGGCUGGAUUCAUGGUCAGUGCGACCUCCUGGCGCUGUCCGCGGGCCUGACCUUCACAGUUCAUUUGCUUCCAGCGCUGCUCCUGCAGGUGUCGCUCGAUGGCGGCUCACUGGUUUUCGUGACCAUCGGCGGGGUGGAGCGAUGCAGGAUCAGGGCGGCGCCCACCGCCCGCCUCGUCAGGCCAGGCGCCGCGGAGCGCCUCCGCCUCGAGCUGCUCGGGGCGCGGGGGCAGGCCCGACAGGACAGCGGCGCGCAUACUCUCGAGAGCUUAGCGCCCGUGCGCUCGGGGUGCUCUCAGAAGCUGCGCCUCGCCGAGGCCGAGGGCCCAGCGAGGGUCGCCGAGCCUCCGGGGAACCUCGUCAUGCUGGCCGCUGGAGGGAGCCACGCGGUGCUGCUCAGGAGCGACGGCACCGCCGUGGCCUGCGGCGACAAUCAUGAUGGUCAGUGCGACCUCCCGGCGCUGCCCGCGGGCCUGACCUACACGCAGGUCGCCGCUGGAGGGAGCCACACGGUGCUGCUCAGGAGCGACGGCACCGCCGUGGCUUGCGGCAGCAAUUUUUGUGGUCAGUGCGACCUCCCGGCGCUGCCCGCGGGCCUGACCUACACGCAGGUCGCCGCUGGAGAGCAGCACGCGGUGCUACUCAGGAGCGACGGCACCGCCGUGGCCUGCGGCGACAAUCGUGCUGGUCAGUGCGACCUCCCGGCGCAGCCCGCGGGCCUGACCUACACGCAGGUCGCCGCUGGAGGGAGCCACAUGGUGCUGCUCAGGAGCGACGGCACCGCCGUGGCCUGCGGCGGCAAUCAUGCUGGUCAGUGCGACCUCCCGGCGCUGCCCGCGAGCCUGACCUACACGCAGGUCGCCACUGGAAGGAACCACCACACGGUGCUGCUCAGGAGCGACGGCACCGCCGUGGCCUGCGGCGACAAUCGUGCUGGUCAGUGCGACCUCCCGGCGCUGCCCGCGUGCCUGACCUACACGCAGGUCGCCGCUGCAUAUGGCCACACGGUGCUGCUCAGGAGCGACGGCACUGUCGUGGCCUGCGGCUGGAACCAGUAUGGUCAGUGCGACCUCCCGGCGCUGCCCGCGGGCCUGACCUACACGCAGGUCGCUGCUGGAGGGAUCCACACGGUGCUGCUCAGGAGCGACGGCACCGCCGUGGCCUGCGGCUGGAUUCAUGGUCAGUGCGACCUCCCGGCGCUGCCCGCGGGCCUGACCUACACAGUUCAUUUGCUUCCAGCGCUGCUCCUGCAGGUGUCGCUCGAUGGCGGCUCACUGGUUUUCGCGACCAUCGGCGGGGUGGAGCGAUGCAGGAUCAGGGCGGCGCCCACCGCCCGCCUCGCAGACAUCCACCUCCAGCUCGUGGCGGAGCACCGCGCGGGCAGGCUGGGCCCCGGAGCCUGGCGCGUCGAGGCGAUCCUGCCGGGGGGCCGCCCGCUCAGCAGCGCCGCGGCCGAGGAGCCAGGCGCCGCGGAGCGCCUCCGCCUCGAGCUGCUCGGGGCGCGGGGGCAGGCCCGACAGAAGCUCGUCUCGGACCUAGAGACCGCGGUCACGGGCUAUCGGAACGCCCACUACAGGAUGCAAGGGGCCCAGGCCGAGAUCGAGGACGAGGGCAAGGCGAACCGCAAGCGGGUUCGGCCAUUCCACGAGUCCCUGCACGCGGAGAUCAUGGGGGCGGCCGAGUCGCACGCGAGACACGUUCGACUUCUCGCCGAGAAGGAGAUGCCACCUGUGUAUUGGGAGCACAAGGUGGUCAAGGCGGCGCCCGAGGGCGCAUUGGUCGCCCCAGUGGGGCUCUACGUAGACGGCGCCAGAUACGGUGGGAGGGCUGCUGCUGGUCGUCACAAGAGCGUAGUGGUCAUAUCUUUGAUCAGCUUGCUGACUGGAGUGCGCCAUCCAGGCGUCUUGUUCAGAAAACAGCUCCAAUGCCGCUGCGGGUGCAAAGGCUACUGCAGCACGCAGCGGCUUUGGCUUUUCACCAGGUGGUGCGUCGAGGCACUGAGCCGCGGCGAGUGGCCACGGACAGGAGUGGACGAUCGGGAGUGGAACGAGACCGACGGGCACCGCCGCGAUCGAGCUGGACAGCCACUCGGUUUUCGUGCAGCUGUCAUCUACCAGCUCGUCGACUGGGAGGCGGUGUCCAACCUCCUCGGGGUGCCGCAGUGGAACCACCUCCAGCACCCGUGCCCGCUGUGCACCUGCACGGCGACUUCUAUGCACCUCUACAGGAAGGUUGGCAACGGCUUGUGCUUGCAGGGUUCCGUCGAUCGCCUCAACGCCGACAGCGACCAGCUGGAAGCAGGCGAUCUUCUCAGGGCGGGCCCCAUUGCCCUUCGGACCCCGUCCCAUCGAGAUGGCAGCCCCCGCCCCCCGCCCCCCGCCCAUCUCGAUGGAAAUGGCGAUCCAGACAAGGCGUUCGGCGUGUUGAACGCCAAGCUUGACAACUGGUAUGCCAGCGAACGGCGCCUGGGCCGUGAGCCCGAUGAGAUCGACGGCUUCAACGUUGCAAUGCUUGGCACCGAGGACGCCCCGAAGUUGAAGCUCAGGGGCGGGGAGGCAGCAACGCUUUUCAUCUUUUGCGUCGAGUGCUUCCUCCCGCAGUUCGUGGACGACAUCAAGAAUGGCGUCGAGAUCUUGGCUUGCGCCAAGCCCCUCCUGGAGUGGGUCAACUUUCUGAAGGAGCUCUCCGACGUGCCCACUGCCGCCGAGUGCGCUCACUUGAGGGUCCUGUGCCUCAAGCACCUGAUGUUGUGCCCGUCGGCUGGCAUCGUCUACAGGAUCCCUUGGCUGGGCCACCCUCGCUUGUACGCGACGUGGAAGGACGAGUCCCUGAACGCGCUGUUCGCGGCCCUCGCAGAGAUGGCCCACAGCGGGAACUGGGAGCAGGGCGUGUUCGCCCGCCUGGACCUGCAGCUCCUCAACGAGGCAGGUGGGCCCCGGCGGGGCCAAGAGGUCGUCUGGAACAAACUCAGUCCAGAAGAGCGAGAGGAGUUCAAGAAGGCGGACGCGGCCGAGUGUGAGCUCAAGAAGUUGUUGACCAGCCGUUUCCAUUUCGGUAAAUGGCAGGUCGGUGAGGCCGAGUACGCAGGGAGAAGGAUCCGCCAGCAGUCUGAUGGGCGCAUUCUCGUCGACCAGGAAAAAUAUAUCCUGGAGCAGGUCCGUCCCAUGAGACUCGACCAGGAGCGUGUUAAAUGUCCCGAGGAGUUGCUCGAUGCAGGAGAGCUCCGAGACUAUCGCGGCCUGGUGGCGAAGAUUCUCUGGGCGGCCCGCCAGUCUCGUCCCGACGUGUCCGGAUCCGCCUCGAUGCUGAGCGCCGAAUGCCCACAGGUCAAGAUAGCCUCGGCUCUCAUGGCUAACAAGGUAGCUCGCCACCUCCGGUGCACGGCCAGCUCCUGUCUGACGAUUUGGCCCCUGGACCUGAGUGCCGUGACCAUGGUCACGCGCAGUGACGCGGGGGGCCCCGGGGGGCCUGAAUGGUGGAACUCAGGGACGUCCUGCCCCUUUGCAGUCGCGCUCGUCGACGAGUGUGCCAUCGCCGAGGCUUCCGAGGGCGUCGCCGUAGUCGAUGCGAAGUCCCUCUUCGAUACGCUGUCCAAGAACUGCGGGGGUGCCAAGGCUGACCGCCGCAACGCCAUCGAGAUGGCGAUAGUCCGGGACUCGAUGACAGCCGAGGGGACAGUGGUGAGGUGGGUUCCACACUGCAAGAUGCCUGCUGACGCUCUGACCAAGGUCGACCCAGGACGAGGGAAUUUUGCUUUGACUGAUCUCAUGCACAAGGGGAUGCUGGCGCUAACGGACGAGUCUGGAUCGCUCGACGAGCGAUCUCUCAACCUGUCGCUGAAAUCCCGGACCUGCACGCAGUCGCGCGGGUGGGUACCACACGCCCUGCUCCGGAGCGACGGCACGGUCGCGGCCUGGGGCCAGAAUGCGGACGGCCAGUGCGACGUGCCAGCGCUGGAGGGAGGCGUGACCUACACGCACGUCGCCGCGGGUGGGUACCACACGGUCCUGCUCCGGAGCGACGGCACGGUCGCGGCCUGCGGCCACAAUGCGCACGGCCAGUGCGACGUGCCGGCGCUGGAGGGAGGCGGGACCUACACACACGUCGCCGCGGGUGCAUUCCACACGGUCCUGCUCCGGAGCGACGGCACGGUCGCGGCCUGCGGCCGGAAUGCGAACGGCCAGUGCGACGUGCCGGCGCUGGAGGGAGGCGUGACCUACACGCACGUCGCCGCGGGUGCUUUCCACACGGUCCUGCUCCGGAGCGACGGCACGGUCGCGGCCUGCGGCCGGAAUGCGAACGGCCAGUGCGACGUGCCGGCGCUGGAGGGAGGCGGGACCUACACGCACGUCGCCGCGGGUGCGUUCCACACGGUCCUGCUCCGGAGCGACGGCACGGUCGCGGCCUGGGGCCAGAAUGCGCACGGCCAGUGCGACGUGCCGGCGCUGGAGGGAGGCGGGACCUACACGCACGUCGCCGCGGGUGGGCUCCAGACGGUCCUGCUCCGGAGCGACGGCACGGUCGCGGCCUGCGGCCAGAAUGUGGAAGGCCAGUGCGACGUGCCGGCGCUGGAGGGAGGCGUGACCUAUACCGCGCGCCUGUUUGGAGUUAAUUUGCUCCUGCAGGCAUCAUUCGACGGCGUCUCACUGCGCUUUUUGACCUUGGGCGGGGUGGAGCGCUGUCGACUCCUGGCCGCCCCUGGCGCUCUGCUCGCAGAUGUGCACCACCAGCUACUUGCUGAGCACGCCGCAGGGAGGCUGGGCCCGGGAUUCGACCGUGUCGACGCCGUCCUGCCAGCUCGAGCCGUGGCCCUCCGCCGCAGGGCCCCGCUCCCAUCGGCGGGCCUCGCGCCUCUCCUGCCCUGCCGACGGAUGGUCGCCGCGGGUGGGGGCCACACGGUCCUGCUCCGGAGCGACGGCACGGUCGCGGCCUGCGGCCAGAAUACGGACGGCCAGUGCGACGUGCCGGCGCUGGAGGGAGGCGGGACCUGCACGCACGUCGCCGCGGGUGCGUUCCACACGGUCCUGUUCCGGAGCGACGGCACGGUCGCGGCCUGGGGCCAGAAUGCGGACGGCCAGUGCGACGUGCCAGCGCUGGAGGGAGGCGUGACCUACACGCACGUCGCCGCGGGUGGGUACCACACGGUCCUGCUCCGGAGCGACGGCACGGUCGCGGCCUGCGGCCACAAUGCGCACGGCCAGUGCGACGUGCCGGCGCUGGAGGGAGGCGUGACCUACACGCACGUCGCCGCGGGUGGGCGCUACACAGUCCUGUUCCGGAGCGACGGCACGGUCGCAGCCUGCGGCCAGAAUGCGCACGGCCAGUGCGACGUGCCGGCGCUGGAGGUAGGGAGGCGUGACCUACACGCACGUCGCCGCGGGUGCGUUCCACACUGUCCUGCUCCGGAGCGACGGCACGGUCGCGGCCUGCGGCCAGAAUCUGGCUCGCCAGUGCGACGUGCCGGCGCUGGAGGGAGGCGUGACCUAUACCGCGCGCCUGUUUGGAGUUAAUUUGCUCCUGCAGGCAUCAUUCGACGGCGUAUCACUGCGCUUUUUGACCUUGGGCGGGGUGGAGCGCUGUCGACUCCUGGCCGCCCCUGGCGCUCUGCUCGCAGAUGUGCACCACCAGCUACUUGCUGAUUAGCUUCUAUCACAACAGCACCCCGUUCAGCAAGCUGUUUGGGGAAUUAUUUGUUGCGAGUUUGAAUGCAUGCCGUCAGAACUUACGGUUAUAUACUCUUCUUUCGUCUAUGCAGAUGUUUAACUUCAGCCCGUUUGCCACCACGAGGGGUACCAGUAGCAAGCGCAAUACCCUAGGCUGCAAUAACCUCUACCUCUCAUGCCCUUUUGCUCGCUCUUUCGCCUCGACCCGCGCCCUGCAGGGCACCACCUCCGACGCCUGUCGGGCAUUUAGUUGCGCCUCAGCAGUUCCCGCUCCCCCA